AUGUCUUCAGGAGCCAAUGGCGCCAGGCGCAUAGCCUCAGUAUUGAGGCCUUCCAUCGCCGACCCCCGAGUGUGCAGAAGCUGUCAAGAAACCCUCGUUCGCCGCAGCUAUGCCUCCUCCGCUGCUGCUCCCACCACCGAAUCCACCUCUUCCUCGUCGGCCGCCUCCGUCCCCUUCCCCGUCCUGAAGCCCACCUACACCAUCAACGCCGGCGUGGUCCUGUCCCGUCCGCCCCAGCUCACCCGCGACCUGACGCCGUUCGAGAAGGCGUAUUACUUCUACCAGCGACGUCUCAACGAGCGUCUGGCCCUCCCCUUCACCAAAUACUUCUACUUCAAGCGCGGCACCCCCGCCGACGAGGACUGGAAGCGCAAGAUCCGGGACCGCCAGACCCCUGCGCGUGACGUCGGCAAGUACAACGCCUACUCCAAGGACGCGUGGAACGAUGAGCUGCUCGUCGGCGCCGUCGAGUCCGAGCCGGAGCACCAGGUCGAGAUGCUCGUCCAGGACGCCGAGGCCACCGCCAACGCUACCUCCCAGGACACUAGUAAGAAAGAGGAGAUCCCGAGACCGUUCUCCCGAGUGACGGAGGCCGAUGAGAAGGGGGAUCAGACGAGUCUGAACCGUGCGUUGCAGCGCACGCUGUAUCUGCUCGUGCAGUCGAAGGAGGGUUAUUGGAAGCUUCCUAGCUCUCCGGUGGAGACGGACGAGACUCUUCGAUUGGCCGCCGAACGUACCCUCGCCCAGACCGCCGGCGUGAACAUGAACACCUGGAUGGUGGGCUACCACCCCGUCGGCCACUACGUCUACAACAACCGCAAGCCGCACAUCGACGAGGCCAACGGCAUCGAACACCUCGGCGAGAAGACCUUCUACAUGAAGGCGCGCAUCAUGGCCGGCCAGGCGGAUCUGUCUGCCAACGUGCAGAACCUGCAGAGUUUCAAGUGGUUGACCAAGGAGGAGAUUGCGAAGUACGUUCGGGCUCAGUACUACGCUAGCAUUAAGAACAUGCUGGCUGAGCGGUAA